AUGGAGAUGAAAGCCCCUUCCUCAGGUUCCCAGGAGCGUGUGUACGCUCCGCGGACCACCACUCCGGCCGUCGCCGCGCGUUCCAGCCAAUCGGCGGCAAGCUCCAAGGUCCGGCCGAGAGAGUCCAAAAAGCACGGUUCCAAGAGAUACAACAAAGCAAACAAGCCUGUGCUCGUGGACGACUUUCCUUUUGACAGAGCCUUGGGGAGAGGACGGAAAGGCAUCGACAUUAGUCAUCUGGUAGAAUUUCAGCUACCAGAACAUAACGUGGUGACCGAUACCGGUCGUCGGCCGGGCUCUAAGAAACAUCGUGCUCAGAGUGUCCGACUGAAUUUGACUGGCCGCCAAAACGUAAAUGUCAACUACAGGUUCAUUGUGGACUACCGUGGGGAUUAUAGGACGCAGAUUCUGGACCCAAACGUGCCUUUGGACGACGCCUCAAUCUUGCGCGUGCUGAUCAACAAAAAUGAUCACCAGUGUCCUAUCUGCCUUGGAGACGAGUUUAUUGCUCCGCGGAUGACGCGGUGCGGCCACGUUUUCUGCUACACGUGCUUGUUGCGGCUGUUUGCCGCUUUUUCAACUCAGGAGGACUAUCGAGGCCGCGUCAAGUGUCCGCUCUGUUCGGAGGACAUUAGAGAAAAACACGAGUUGCUCCCUGUACUAAUCACAAAAAUUGACGAGCGAUUCGAGCAGCCGUCUGUUGAUCAGCCUGUGGAGCUGGAGCUCAUGUACAGGCCUGCCUCGCGGGUCUUUGCGCAGCCGUUCCGUCUUUACUUGGAAAACUGCCAGUUUGACGGCGAUAUUCCCUGGAUACCCGAUUUCGCCACUGUUGACAACUUCCUGAACGACUCGCGCUACGUGAAAUAUUCGAGGAUAAUGCAAUGUGGACCAGGCUUCGCUAUUAAAUGUUUUGAACAGGAAUUGGAGACACUUAAAUUACAUAGGUCUCUGGAUUCUGAGCUAUACGGCGAUAGCACGCACCACUAUGAGCUGGCCGAGCUCAAGAUCCGGUCUCACAUGGACGCUAUGGCGGCUUCCUUUGCUGAGUCAUCUCAGGCCGCGAUACCAGAGUCUCCAGAGAGUCUGAGUCUGCAUUUGGAUGAGCUAACUCUCCGUCAGCACCAAUUCCAAGAAACAGAGAAGGGCUUCUUUUUCUACCAAACCGCAUUCAACUCGAGCGUCAAGUACUUCCUCACAAAUCUGGACGUUCAAAUCCUCAAGUCGUUGUAUGGCGACUACUCCGCGUUCCCGCUCACUCUGCAUCCCAUUCUCGAAAAUAUUAAUUACGAAUACUCGCCUCUCACUGAGGAGACCAUUGGACGGCUGAAAUAUCUUGGACAUUUGCCUGUUGGCACAGAAAUAGGGUUUUUGGAGCUUGACUGGACGGAUCAGUUGCCGCAGUUCCCUAAAGAAAUCUCCGCUCGCUUCAGUAAAAAACUCAGCGAGCGCAGUCGGGCGUCGCGCAAUAAGAAGCGAAGAGAAGACCGCAGCAAGGCUGCCUUUGAAAAAGAGCUGGAACUGAAAACCCUGCAGUUCUACUCAAAAGAGAAUAACUUGAGCCUGACCGACUAUGGUUACGGCGAGCAGGCAUCGUCGCACACGUUUGUGGAGUCCAAUGCUCCACCCUUAGGUGAGGACGUACUGCUUCCAGAUGACGAGUCGAAAUACAAGACCACGGUCUGGGGAACGAGAAUUCUGAAGUCUGAAGACCCCGAGUCGGAUGAAUACGACGCAGAAGCAGAGUUGAUUAUUCAACAGGCCAAACAGUCGGCAAAUGCUACCGGAAAGAAGAAAAAGAAAAUUGUGUUAAGUUUCACAUAA